AUAAGCUCCUUCAUGGACCUGGGCUUUUGGGCCGUGGGAACACUCCAUAGCACGGCGACCCUGUCCAUUCAGAGUGGGCCUGCGGUUUGUAUGGGCUUCGGCUCAUGCACCGUCUCAAUAUUUUCCUGUUCCGCCACGGCCACUCGGCUAGGCGGGCCUUUUUUUUUUUUUUUUGGCUCCAUGUUAGCUCUAACCCUAACCCUAUUUACAAUCAACAUAAUGUGCUUUGACCGCUUAUUAUGGAAACUCUAUUGCUGUAAACAUCCAUCCUCAAGCGGAAGUGUGCGUCAUACCCAAGUCAGGUAUGUCAGGAAGCUGACUCGUCAAAAUCACCCCCAGUGAGGCUCUGGACUGACUAUGAGCCGUAUGUAACGGAGCUGACUGGUCCGUGCCACGGAACUCGAGCGGUUGGAUAAACGGCAGCGUAAAUUGUCUCGGUGCUUAGUGACUCCUGGACUCACAACUAGCCGCUCUGAAUCCAACCGGAAUUGACUAUAUCGGUCCUAUUUCUACGUGGUUUGAAUCAAUGAUCGACCUUCGAGCAUCGGACACAACGCGAUUGACUCGCUGCUUUCUCAUAAGUGAUGGAUCUGGGAUGUGUAUGCUUACGCUCUCCGCCCUGCUCCCUCGGGUCUUUGGAACUAUACUACCGGCUCCUAGGCUCAUUCUUGCGAGGAACGGCGACUUGGCACCACCCAAAAUAGGACAUUUCCCUCAAUGAGUAUCCCCGUUGACCAGUUUCGCCGUGUCGAGCUCCAUGACUCAUGUCUUGUUCGGCUCAUUGGUGCUCAGCAGAAUUUCCCGUCCGAUUCGCUCCUCAUAAAAGGCUUGCUAUACGAGCAGUGCUUCAUCAACCAUGUUCUCUCUACCCGAAGGAAAGGCGGCCGCUCUGGACAGUAUCUUGUCGAAUGCUGCUGCGGGCGGCACUCUACCCCCCGUUUUUACGACAAUCACGAAUGUUGAAGGAACACUCUACAGUCGGUUCGGCGGCGAUGUGCCGCAAUCGAAACUCGACGAGGAGACCAUCUUCUGGAUCUGCAGUCAGACGAAAUUGAUCACUUCGAUCGCCGCGUUCCAGCUCAUUGAAGCGGGGAAGAUUGCCCUGGAUACGCCGGUCGAGUGUAUCCUGCCCGAGCUAUCAGCGCCGAUCAUCAUCACGACCGUGGACGCGAAUGGCCGUCCCGAUGCGAAGACCAGCAGACCCGCCACAACAAAAAUAACAGUCGAGCAUCUGCUCACUCACACCAGUGGACUCGAUUACAGUCUGGAUGGAGUCACCGAGCCUGGCGUUUUCCCGCCUCGAGCAUACGCUGAUGUCUAUGCGUCUGAUGACACGAGUGAAUUCUUCAACAAGCUCAAGGGCGCUCUACCGGCCGUUCCUCUCAGGUUCGAGCCUGGCACGCAAUUCGCGUACGGCUGGUCGAGUGACUGUCUGGGAUUCCUGAUCGAGCGUCUAGAACUCAUUCUCACCAGCAAAGAGCAUAUAUUCGAGCCCCUCGGCAUCUCGACUGCGUCGUUCCAUCUAACACCGGAGACUAAGGCUAGACUGCUCCCUCUUCACCAACGCAAUUCGGAGGGGGCCAUUGUCCCGUGGCCCGGAGCGCAUCCAAUGCCUCAAGAUCCAGCAGAAACAAAACUAUUCUUUGGUGGAAUAGGGCUGUAUGCCUCUCAGAAAGACUACCUUACCGUCUUGCGCCAUCUGCUCCAGAUCCACAGUGAUAAAGCUGCAAAGCCACUCAUCUCGCGAAAAUCGCUCAGUCUGUUGAUUUCGCCGGCCAUGCCUGCCUCCGCACUGCCGCAGAUGUUGGGCCUGCCCGCGUUUACCAGUCCGUACAUUGGCAUACCCGAGGGUUCAGCGGUCUUCGGCCGCGGUGUUUUCGUCAUGACAGAAGAUGUCCCCGGUCACAGGAAGAAGGGAUCUGCUGCUUGGGGCGGAUGGGCUAACACCUCAUACUGGUUCGAUGUUGAAACUGGAGUCGCGGCUGUGGUAGGGACCCAGCUGCUGCCGGGGAUAGACGAACCCUUUCAUCGGCUGUACGCUGAGAUUGAGGCAGCAGUCUAUGCAUAGAUAAUAAACAUGUGCCCAACUGGUCCAUACCAACUAUGUCUUGCGUCGCUUUGUUCUCGGCUUCAACGGCGAGUCCUGCUCCUCGCUUGUCCGCUUGCGCGGGAUCGGUGUCGCUGGUGGGGUGGGAAGCGAGCUGAUAUCGGCUUCCUUCGGUGCUACGAGGCCAUACGAGGCGAACGCUUUCAGGUCGGACGUGAAAAGAAUCUGCGAAUGCGGAUUGUAGAUCCCUGCGCAUCGACUAUGCCGAGCAGAACUCACCGAGUGCGCCCAUCCGGCAUAGUCUCCCCAAACGGCAGCCAGCUUUCCGUUGAUGUCUUCGUAUAGUUUGGGUGUCAUGGCCGUCUUUCCCGAUAACGAACCUUUCAGUCCGUAGUAUUUGAUAGCAAUCUGGUGCACGUGGGUGUCCACCGGUAUCACCUCUCUCUGAAAAGGGAUUCCAUUGAGCUUUCUACAGCCAACCACGCAGCUGACGGACCUACCUUGUCCAAGCUCAUAAGUAGGAUGCAAUCCGCGACUUUGCGUCCGACCCCCAUGAACUUGAGGAGCUCCUCCCUCGCACUGUCUGUAUCAGCAUCUCUGAGCCCCCUCAAGAACUUCUCGGCCGAUUCUGAAGACCCCCGAAACCCAGUCCGCGCAGCACACCUUCGACUUCAGGCGCGGCAAGCACGGCCGGAGACGGAAAAGGAUGGUAUGUCACCUCCUUUUCCGUCUCUUGUAGAUCUGGGAGCGAGAGUAGCGGCGGAGAGUAAUGUCGACAGAGAUUUUGGACCAUUUUCGUUAUUCGGCCGAUGUUGUUGUUCGAGGAGCAGAUAAAUCUGGCCAUUUUCUCGGGAAAUUCGAUCGAGGAUGCAAGAAUCACUCACGAGAUCAGGUUUUCGAAAGGAUCCUGUAUUAAAGAUAUCAGCUUAGUACUUACUCAUUCUAGCACGACUAACCUGUCUCAACAUGCGUAUCCCUAGCAUUCGACAUGAGUAAGUAAUACAGUAGAUUCGGAACGCGUUGGGACGCACCUGGGAAGCGCAUCUCCAUCGAGGAGAACACCUUGUCUCGAGUGGCCCACUCCCCAUACAGCUUCUCCAGAUCCACGUCCAGCUGGAAGUACUCGUUGAGCCAUAGCAGCGUCUCGGCCUGUCGUAAGGGCAGCUGCAACGAGGACGGCUGCGGGUCCGGAAAGAUCGCGCGGUAGAAGAGAGUCGACGCGUCCUGCUUGAGACAUAUCACGCGAUCACGCAGGCAGAGAUGAUAUUCUUGUGGCUGUUGGCUGGAAUGCGUGCCGGACGCAAGCCAGCGAAAUGACUGUCCGCAUUUUAAUACUGCGGAGAGGCACAGUUGGGUCUGUGGGAGCGCGAGACUUGACCACAUCGAAGAGGGAGCAGAGAGAUGGGUCCAAUGCAU